AUGAUUCUGCACUACGGCGACAUGACUGACAGCGGUUGCCUGGUGAAGAUCAUUUCGGCCGACCGCCCGACUAAGAUCUACAACUUGGUCGCGCAAAGUCUCGUCAAGGUUUCGUUCGACCUGAGCGAAUACACGGCCGAAGUGGACGCCGCAGGGACGCUCCGGCUGCUGGAUGUCAUCCGGACGUGCGGGUUGGAGUACGGAAAGGUCCUCAGAAUGCCGCAGAGCGAGAAAAAACUCCGUUCAACCACGAAUCACCGUGGCGCGGGGAAAACUUCGGUUAGCUGA